UUUGUUUUCCGGAAAAUGGACACGCCCCCCUCUCCGGGUCCAUUAAUAAGUCUCCGUUUUGCAGAAACGACUUUUUUUUUUAAAUACGACCCAAACCACACGCGGAGCUAUAAUUACGUCGGAGUCGCUUUAAUUAUUGAUGGGGGUGGUUUUUCCCGUCCCCCUGCCCCCACAACGACGGUCCGCGAAAACUUUCAGUGCGAUCGCGAACGCGGGAAAUGGCGGACCGAAGCGCUGACGCAGCUGCAUCCGAUGCCCUCUAAACGACACGUCACAGGUUAUGACGCGCGGUUUUCGAACGACUUGAGUCGCGUAGUAGGUCGUGACGUACGAUUGUUUUGGCUUUUUGACGUUUCGGCGAUUAUGUUCGCGUCCAUCUUCGCGGAGUUUGUGAAGAGUCGUGCGGAGGAGACCCGAUUCAGGGGCGUCCUCGCGUAUCCCUCGCCCAAUGAAAUGGCCGCCAGAAUUAAAAAGCAAACGGCAAAUUCGAGGGAGAUAGCCUCGCCACAGUCGGGCCCGUCCAAAAGCGACCAGACAGCGAGCGAACCCUGCCCCGCCCCCAGGAGCGCGAAGCAAAAUGUCGCGGGUAUCGCGAAACGGCUCGCGAAAAGGAUGCCGCCGAAAAAGAUCAUCAAGAAAACGGCGGGCGGCGCCAUCAAGAUGAAAGCGAAAACGAAGAAACCGCUGAAGAUCAAGAUGAACCGCCUGGCUAAAGCGCUACAGCAAAACGGAAAGGGGCUGGAGACGAAGAAACGGCUGCUGAAGAACGGACUCAGGGGCGGCAAAACGGCGAACGCCCUGGAGCCGAUCUUUCCGCCGGAGGAGCACUUGGAGUCGAAGAAAACGCGCAAGAGGAUCGCGAAGAAACCGCUGCCCAAGCUCAUAGACGUGAAGAAGAUCAAAAGCGAAUUGCUGCUGCUGAAAACGGAAGAACUGGUCGACCACGGGGAAUCGCCCGGCGAUAGGGGCAAGUCGGACGGUUCUUCUUCCGCCGAGCUCGAUUCGAAGCCCGUGCGGAGACCCGCCAAGCCGAAGAAAUCGAAAACAGAUUCUGCCACCAUCGAGGAAGUGAUGAAUGACUUGACAUUUCUAAUCAAAGGCGAGGACAUCAAAAAGGAACCGGACUCGAUGUCCGAGUCCAGCCGGAGCGACUCCCUGAAGCCUACGAGGAAGUUGACGAAACGCCAGCGGAUCGACCUGCUGAAAAAGGAGAUCAAGAAGGAGAACAUCGAAAACACGCUGAGCAAACUGGACGCCGACGAGAAGAAAAUCAUCGACAUGCUGGACCUGAACGUCAGCAAGAUCAGGCGCGACGUUCCAGCGACCAAACGCCGCCAUAGCAUAGAAAAGUUCCCAUUGAACUGCGUGGAAUCUGAGCCGGUGGCCCAGCUGUCGAUCUUCAAUCAACUUCCCAGGUGCAUCAGUCCGAAGACCUCUAAAAAGCCGCUGAAAAUUCGCCACCAGAGCUUGGACGGGAUCGUUUUCAAAAGGAACAGCCCUUAUACAAGGUCCGAUUCGCCGGUCAGGAUACUCAGAAACGGGAAACACAGGAAGUUGAAGGACGCGAUCCUCUUGGAUGGGCUGGACGAGGUGAAGAGGAGGAGACGGUUGUGUUCCGACCUCAGCAGCUCGAAGCUUUCCGAGUACGACUCGGAUAGCAGUUUCUCGGAUAUGGCUUCCUUGCACGGCAGCGAACCCUCAAACAACAAAGAAUUGGAUAAUUUACUGGACGAAUACUCAAUCGCCGAACAAAAACCCAAAACUCCGUUAGCUGUGAUGACUGUGACCGACACCAAUUCGAAUUUGUGCGGCGGUUUGACCACCCAGGUCGAUCCCCCCGUAGCCAUGGUCGUCAGUCCUAGCUCCAAAGUUCCCGAUAAAGGGCUGAUAUUGGACAUCAUGAAGCAAACCUUUAACGACACUCAGACUUCUCUCCAAAAGUGCGAGGUGUCGAAGUUUUACGGGAGAGUGAAGCAAGACGAAGCUGCGACGGGGGAGAAUUGCCUCAGCCCGAAGGAAAAAGGGACCACUCCUGAGGGAGAUUUCGCCUCCGAAGACAAGGAAGCGGAAGAGCAGCGCUCCUUCGAGAACAUGGUCCAGGAGUGCAUAGAGAGCAUCGGAGAAAUACCCCGGGACGUUUCGCUCGAUGACUCGGUGCCGGUGAUCGAAAACAUGGCGGAGGCGGUGGAUUUCAUCCCUCGGAACGAGGACCUGGAGCCGCCCCAGUUGGAGUGCAGUGUCGAGCCGCCUUCGAAAGCAACGGCCGACGCCGCAGCUGACGCUCCGCCUUGUAUCGAGGAACUAGGAGAGGAAGCGACUGAAAAAGUAUGUGAUAUUCCAAUCGAGGCCGUCGAAGAAGCGGCGAAAGAAGAAGAGGAAGAGGAAUCGCCCGAGCAGUUGGCCAAGAAGGAGAGUAUAUUGAAGGCACUAGGUCUGCAGAGCCUGCGCGCUGCGGAGCAGGCGAAGCAGCAAAGGGGCAGGUCCGCUUCGAAGCGGAUCGAGAAAAACGAAAGUUACACUGGAACUUUGAAGACUGUGAUAAAGAUCAAUCGGGAUAAGAAGAAAGGGAGGAGUUCGUUCAAGAUGACGCUGCAAAAGAGCAAAAGUAAGAGCGACAACGGGGAACAAAGCCAAACGGACGAAGGGUACAAAAUUAUGAAAGAGGGAGCGGCCGGAUCGGGCAAGCAAGGAAAAGAGUCCUCGGAUUCAGCCGGUGCGCACCGAAAAUCACAUUAUUCUAACAGAUCUAACAUGGAAGCUAGCAGCGAGCACACGUCCGACGGAGAAUCUACCGGACCCCUGGACAAAAACGGUGCUCCGGCAAAAGCGUUGGUGAUACCUGAAAAAGCCAGUUCGUUCAGCAUACACCCGGGUCGCUUGUGUAAGGACGAGUGCUCUUAUUGUUUCGGGAAAUUCGGCCUGUUCGACACGCCAUGUCACAUCGCCCAGAUGAAAAGCGUCGAACGACAGAACAAGAUACUGGCCACCGAGAAACAUUUGACCAGGGACUCUUGUCUUUGCGACGCUUGCUACCGCCAUGUGGACAGGAAAUCCAAUACCCCUUCGUACACCAAUAAAUCAUUGAAGAGGAAUUCACUAGUCGCUCCGGGUCCCAGGCAAAAUCACUGCCACGUACUGGGGUGUAGUAACGUGUCGUCCAACAUACUGCGGCGAAAAUGGAUAAUCAAGAUGAGGAAGAGCAUUUGCCAAGUGAUAAACAUCGAUUUGGAUAACCCCGGUCUACACUCCAUUCCCAUAUGCGACGAGCACUACAAUUCUCUGGAACACCUGAUGGUCUGCGCCAUGUGCAAACGGCGUCUGGCCCGCAAUCACAUUCAUUAUUUGGGACCAGAAGUGAAAGACUUAAACUCCGCGUUGAACGACGAAGGGAUACCCCUAACGUUGUGCGACAAACCGGUGGUGUGCAAGCUGUGCAAGUGUUUCGCUUCCGUGAUUCUGAAAGACCCGGAAGAAAGGCCGGACAACAGCGCGAGUUUCUUCGAGGACUACAAAAAAAGACUGCUGCACUACAACGACAUAGUGCCCAUGGACGCGGCGGCCGCCGAAGAGCCCAUCGUAGUGCCCAGCAAAGCCGACAAAAUGAUGGAAAAGGAAUCGGUGAAAAAGAAGAAAAGGGAUCGACAUUCAUCUGGGGAAUCGUCCGGCAACGUACACACCGACAGCCAAAACGAAUUCGACAAAUGUGAUAAUUUAGAAGACCAUCAAACUAGACUCCAGAACAGAGUGCCUUCGACAGACACGAACAACUCCCAAAGCCAAUCCAGGUCCGAAUCGCCCGAUGACGAGUAUUCGUCCAUCGAUUACAACACCCUCAUACCGACCAUCAACCUGGAGUGUCCCAGCGAUUCGGACAAUAAGAAAGAAGCCCCACGAAAGAUGACAGUAGGUAUCCAGAAGCGGAUACCGAGACUCGAAACGGUAAAAGAGGCCGUCGAAGUUUCAAAAAACUUCAAAGUGAAGGUGGACAAAGCGAAACCGAACGAUUUGGCGAUGCAAAAACUCGGUCAGAACCCGUCGAUAUCGCUCCGCCCCGCUUGCUCGCCCGAUAGCGACCACGACAGCUGGGACAAGCGUCUCUUAUCGUCGAACCCGGCCAUAUCGGUCAGGCAACUGUUCCCCGGGGAGGAGGAGCUACCGUUGACGGGUCAGAUCGACUUCAACCACGUGAAAGAGCAAACGCCGGAGGGUUGGAAAAAGUGCUCGACCACGAUCCAGUACGACGAGGAAACGAAACACCUGUGGCAAGAACUGCAAAAACCCUACGGGAAUCAGAGCAGCUUUUUGCGCCACCUGAUCCUGUUGGAAAAGUACUUUAGGAACGGGGACCUUAUGUUGUCGCCGACGGCGAGUCACCACGCGAUUAAUUAUCGCGAAAGCGUCCAUAACCGGUUGAGGGCGUACGAUAAUAUACCCUCGAACGCUGGCAACAUCCAACCGAUAAGCAUGAUCCCGUUCAACAAGAUGCACAAGACCAGCGGCGGGGUCGUCAUCACCGCCGGAGGGCAGCAGGGUAGCUGUUCGUCUCAGGUGUUCGUGCCGCAGCUUCAGUCCGGCUCUAACGGGUCGACUUCGACGAGCGCCCCCAUCACGCUCCAGCAGUUAAACAGCCCGCCCCUGAUCCCGCCGAUCCUGCAGAACUUCCCGAAGGCGAAAUCGUCGGGCACGCCUCCCGGUCUGAUCUCGCUGAAUGCGGGCACGUCGCGACCGGCGCCGAAGGGCCUGCCCCAAGGUCAAAAGAUCAAGUUCCCGAUCACGAAAAACUGGCGACCCAACUUGAUCCCGAUCGAUCCGACGAGGAAACACGAGCGCAAAACCGGGCUCGUGCAAGUCAUAUCGGGUGGCAAACCUUACCACAUCACGCUGGAGGAUUACAAGAAGAUGUGCGCGAUCAAACGCAGCUUCGAGGCGAAACAGAAGAAGCUGCAGCAGGAACAGCAGCAGUCGUUGCUGCUCGCCGGUCACCACAAUUCCGUCUUGAAGUCGAUAAUGCCGCGGAAGGGCUUGGUGAUUAGCAGAACCAACGGGACCGAGGUCAAAGCGGCGGGGGACGGGGGGGAGACGAUUUUGGAAAAACUGGACCGGCAGGUGGAGAAACUGGGCCAGGAAUCGAGAUCGUUCGGCGACAGGACCACGUCGAUGCUGUUGCCGCGCAUUCCCAAGUCGCUGACGGUCAUCCCGCAGAUGGUUCGGAAGGCCGGACCGCCCAGUCCGGUCCUGGUCGUCGCCCCUAAGGCGGGCGGACCCAACGGCCACGACCAGUCAUGAUUAAGGUUCGGUUAGUCGUUUUGGUUGGGUUUUUUGUUUCCUCGGAAAAGUGCCUAAGCCGGUUAAGGUACAGGGUGGUUGAUUUAAGAAAUCUAUGACCAAUAGUUGUCUUUACGGUCUCAAUUCUUUCUGGUGAGCAUAAGAGCUGAGCUGAGUUUUAUUUUUAAUAAUUUCGAUCCGAUCAAAGAUUGAUCGAUAAUUAAUGUUGUUCCAACUUAACUUACUAUUGGAAAAACAACCCGACGCAGUCCGAGGCUAAUAAAUCUUUUAUAUGUUAUCUUGUGUUUCGUUGACGCCUAUUUUGCUUUUCCGUUGGCGUUAGUCGUCACUUUAUAAAUGGUUUUUCAUAAAAAAUUGUAUCGAUUUUCACUUUUUUUAUGUUGUUUUUUUUUUACGAAAUCUUUCGCUAAAAUUUUUUUUCAUUAGACAACAUUAGAUAGCGUCUGUUUUUUAUUGUACUUGCUCAAUUAUCAUUAGUGACAUUUAUUAUCGUAAUAUAUAUAAUUAAAAAAUCCUUUAACUAAACUUUAAUAAGAAAUCUUGAUAAUAACGUAUAAACACAAGAUAGGCGGUCAGGAAGAUAUCUAAAUUAUAACUCCAAUGUCCCCAAAAAUCAGGAAAAAUAUUGGUUUAACAGAUCGUGCUAUCAGGAAUACAGGACAGAAAUUUUAUGAAAAUUUAAAGAAAUUUUAAUUGAAAAUCAGUUCCCUGAAAAUAACAUUAAUGAAAUUUUUAAAAGGAGAACCUAUAUGGUUUUAUAAUAAAAAUGAAAUAUCAGAAAUAUGUUGCGAUAAUAUGAAACAAAUUCUAUCUACGUAUUAAAACUAAAAAGCUGUCAAAUGAUGUAUAUUCAAUGCAUUGUUCAAAUUACCCAAAAAAAUAUAUUGGAAUAACAGGCAAGCUUUUGGAAAAUCGUAUAAAUUGGCUAACCAAAACUAAAAUUUUAACACAAGAUGAUGAUCAUCCACAAUUAGCAAUAAAAGAAAUGAUUUAUAUUAAAAAAAAAAGAAAUAAAUUCUGUAAAUGAUCGAAAAGAUUAGAAGUCGAUUAGACCACAGUUUUAUAACCUAAUCUAAAUUAUAAAUCAAAUCCACUUUCUUAUAAAAAUAGUGUUGAAAAUAAAUCAAAAAUUAAAUAAACAUAACAAAUCAUUUCAUAUUUGUACUUUCUUAAUUUAUUAAAAAUUUCAGUGAAGUAUUGAAAUAUUUUUGUAUAAAAUGUUUAAUUUAUAUAUAAAAAAAAAACUUUUUCGUGUAUAUUACUUCAUUUUUGAAAAAUAACAUUAGACAGUUCGAACAUCAUUGAAGCCCGAAAAGGUUUUAUUUUUUUGGAUUGCUCAAUCCAAAAAGCCAAUAAAAAAUCGCGAGAGUAGGUGGCGUGCAUUUUUUUGUCGAUAAAAUUUCUUAAAUUAUCUGAUCAAAAUGCACAAGCGAUUUUUCCUGAACGUGGAGAAUUUAAUUCUCAUUUAAAUGAAAUAAUUAAAAUAUAAUAUAGUUUCGGUUUGCGCCAUCUAGUGGCGCCGAUGUAAUUUAGGUGCCGGCGUUAAUUUUUUUUUUUUCUAAAUUGAAGUUAAAACUGCUCCCGCCAUUUCAUUUUACGUCGGACAAAAAUUUGCGCAAGCGGGUGAUGUACCUUAAGCGGUAUUUUUUCGAUGAAAUUCUAUUUUUAUUUUCUGAGACAUCGAUUAAUUGGCCACCCUGUACAGUGUAGAAUUAUGUAUUAUAAAAACUGAUCUUUGUAGAAAGUUGUUGGUUGACAAUCAAAUACGUGAAUUUAUCAUACUCGGUUGAGAUGGCUUCACCGGGAGAUGGCGCUUGCUCCGGAUUUACCUGUCAUAAUGUUAAGCGGAUCCAAUUAUUGAAUAUAAACGGUAUAUGAACUUUAUCAAUAACAUAUUUAUUACCAUCUUUAUACGAAAGUGACACAAUGCCAAUAUAUCUCGGACCUUAUUAGCGCAUAUUGCCACAUUUAUGGUUUUUCCCUAAGUCGCCAAAUUUUCUUAUUUGAAAUAGAAAGAGGGUAAAUUUUUAUUCCUUUUUUGAAUUGCUGUUCUAAUUAUUUUUCACCCAAAUUCAACCGUUUUUGAAGGAGUAACGAAAAACGCAAAUAGUUUUGGUUAGUUUGUCAUUUUGAACAUCACCUUUUUUUCUUUGGUUUUAAAUAGUUUUUAUUGUUAUUUAAGUUUACCAAUUCUUUAAAAUCAUUUUUACUUACGUUUUUCUAUCAUUCCUGCAAAAACUUUCGAGUUUCGGUUAGGGAAAAUACUUAAAAUUUUAAGAUCAAUCAAAAAAUAGAAUAAAAACAUACCCUUUCUAUUUAACAUGAGAAAGUCUGGUACCUUAGGGAAAAAAACAUGUGGCAACGUAGCCUGUCACCGUUGGAUCCCAGCCUAAUUAGAGGAACUCCGGGUACAUUAAAUUUCAUAAAUUGAAGUUUAAUAAUUAUUAUCUUUUGUAUUCUGUAGUGUUAUCGUUACAGUUUUGAAAGGCAUAACUGUAGUGGCAAAAUUUUCUGGUUCACCCCGUAUGUCAAAAACGAAGCUAGCCAGGAUCGUUUUGAAAACGAGAUUUUUUGUUUCAAAAGUUUCCAUAAUUAUUUCCGACCACCAUCCAAUUACAUGUGUUAAACGUGAUAAAAAGGAACAUCUUAAGAUAUUUUUUUCUUUUUUCUAUCACCGUAUAUUUAUUUACUACACUGUGAUGUCACAAAUUUAUAUUCGCUAAUUCUUCACAACCUGGAUAUUCAACGUCAAACUCGACCGCUAAAACGGCCCUUUUUGUUUUAAUUUUAACGCUUAUUAUAGAAUUUGUGGUUAAGUCAAAAAGAGUAAAACCGGAUAAAAGCGCCAUCUUGAAUUUGAACUCCUUGUAAAAGCGCUGAUUUUUAUUCAACGCGUUGCCAAACGGAUUUUUUUUAAAUAGCAAAAAUAGAACGAACAAAUAACAAUUAAAUUUGUACAAAGUAGUUAAAUUAUCAUAUUUUUAACGUAUACAGGGUGAUUUCGAUAUGAUUAUUGCCCUAGGGAAUCAUCGAUCUAUUUUUAAAUUAAAACUAGGUCGUUCCCCAGCAUAUUAAAAUCGAGGAGGAAAUAUAUUGUCGAAAGCGAAAUAAUUAUUUUUUUAACGACGUGUAUAUAUAAUAAACAUAACAAUAUUAUUGUACAAAAAAAAUCUAUUAGUUGGCAAUAAUCUUCUUUGCGUCAUAUUUAUACUUCAAGUUUUAAGGUGAACUUUAUUUAAUGCGAAAUGGUGCUAAUGUAAAUUUUGAAAUUCGAUUGAGAACUAGAUUUAUUUUAGGUAAUUUUUAGGCUGUUAGAAAAAUAAUGUGUAGACUGUUCAGGACAAAAAUUGAUGUACCGAAAUGAACUCUGUUAAAACUUCGGGUAUGGGCGUGAGAUUUUCGAUAUCGUUUUUUUGAAAAUCGUAAACAAAAAACAUUUUGAAAUUUAUAAUAAUUGUUAUCCAUAUACAGUGAAGACAAAGUAUGUUGCAACUUUUGAUCCGUCUCGUAUAUUGCGAUGACAUCUGGUGGGAUAUUAUAUGACGCAAUCCUCGUUUCGCUUUAUUUUUUUAUGGGGUGGGACACUUUAUUUUAUUUUAUAUUUAUUUUAUUAUAACUAUUAUUAUUAUUAUUAUUAUUAAUUUAUCGUUGUUUUAGCUACAAUUAAUGACUAAUUGAACUACAUAGGGAAAAAAAGGUCGUCUUCAAAACCAAAAAUGACUAUUCCAUUAAAAAAUAACUUGAAUCAUGAAAAUGUCAUUUUCGGUAUAAAAAAAAUAAUCGGAAUAUGGCAAUAUACCAAACGGUUCAAAAGUGACGGACUUUAUGUCCGCACUGUAUAUAUUUUGUCAGCAAAAAUGGAUCCCGACAAAACGUGUUGGGGAAACGGGGAGUCCUACAGAUUUGAGCCAAAAAAAAAGAAAAAUAAGUAUGUAGUAAACCGGCGAAGAGAAAAUGCGGGAAAAUAUUUUCGGGUUUCUUGAAUUUUAAAACUAGGUUUCUCCAAAAAAAAAUUGUAGUAGUGUCUGUAGAAAUAAAAUUCGUGCAAAAGCGUUUAAUAUAAUGGUAGAUCUAAACAUUGGACAACAUGCAACCCCAUAUGCAACACUUAUAUGCCCAUGAUACAGUUUAAUCAAUUCGGAAUCCUUAAAAAAAGGCUUUUCCUAGGCUCACCUUGCCAGCAGGUGGCGUUUUCCACCAAAAAAAAAUCAUGUUCUGAAAACAGAAUAAAUGCAACGAUGUCAUUUGAUCUACAUCAUUAGAUAGUCGACAGUCCGGUGAACCUAACCUAAAAUAUGUCCGUAUAAUUAGUAUUACCACUUAUUUUUUCUCUAAAAAUUAAAAAAUGCUGAUAACCAACUAAAAUGACGUAUUUAAGUAGAGAAAUGUGUAAAAAAAUAGACAAUACGACUCUUUUGGCUGUUCUAGUCUUUCGAUUGCUUACUGUUUUAAUUAUUUCAAGCUUGUUAAAGUUUAUUGCAUCAAAAAUAUCUUAUUGAAACUCAUCGUAAUUCAGUGCCCAGAAGGAAUCUUUGCUUAGAAACGAAAAACAAUACAUUCAGUUUCAAUAACAUUGGUUAGUCACGAACAAUGUAUUAUUGAUUAUUAAUUAAUGAUAGUAAUAAAUUAAUUAAAAACGCUGGAUGAUAUUUCAAAACGUAGAAAUGUUACUGGGUAAUUUUGCGUGAACCAAGUAAAAGAUAAAAACGAAAUUUUAUUUUUUUAUUUUGAAUAUCAUCUGGAAUCCUAAAAAUUAUAAUUGCGUUUUAUUUUUAAAAUAUCGAAUAACUUUCGAGCGUUUUGUUUUAAUCAUAUUUUAGGUUAGGAUAGGAUAGGAUACCUGAUUACUUAUCUUACCACCUGGUGGUAAGGUAAGUAAUCAGGUAAGAAAUGGACAUUUAUUUAGGAAAAUAUUCCAAUUUCAUCACAGAGAUGGAUCGAAAAGCAUUUGAAAUUGUAGAAAAUUUUAAAAUUCAAAUGCAGAAACUAGAAAAUAAUUUCCAGCAUUUUUUCUCUUGGCCCUUUACUUAAUAAUUAAUAAACUUCUAGGGCUGUUCCUUAUGUCUUAUUGGGACACCCUGGGUAGAGUUGAAGUUUUCACAAUUUUUUAACAACAUUAAUUAAAGGCGGCUUUGUUCGUGCUUUCAUUUACUCUCGCUAGAAUUUUUUUUUUUCGAAAUGGUGUUUCGAGUUUGGCUUCAAUUUUAAUUUUUAACUCAAUAUUAUGUAAUAAAAUGUUUAGUUUAUUUUCAAUUAAUAAUUUAGUUUUUCGAUUAGUUAACGCUCAUAAUAUUUAGAGACUAAGUUAAUUUAUUUUAUGUAGUAUUGUUUUGUACCUUUCAAUAUUUGCCUGGGUAGUUGUCAUUGUAUAAAUAUCUUCAUUUAGUUUUGCAAUACACUUUACCUUAUUUCGUAAAUGAAUCGAGUUUGCAAAACGACUGCGCAUACAAAAAAGGAUGUUAUAUUUGUUGUUACUUUUGCAGAAUUAUCGUAUCAUGUGGUAAUCACUUGAAUUUUAUGUUUAUUACUUGUAAUAUUAUCGAUUUAUUGAAAAUAAAGUUAUUUCCAUUUUUUAAAUAUUU